AUGCUUCCUCUUCCUCCGCCACCGAAUCCCUUUCCAUACACCCUUCCUAUCGGGGCCUCCAUCAACAUCUCGUGUGAAGCCAACGCGGCCUGGCAGCAGCGCGUCACCGUCACCAUACCCGGCGACGCAAGGAGCCCAUACCACUUCACCGGCUCGGGUGAACCAGGAGACAUGAUUCUGGACAACGGGCGAGAUGCCAUCGAGCUGGGUCCCUUGACGACACCCAAGACCAUUACCUUUUACUACGAGUUCAAUUCCGGGGGUGGCUUUCAGCCGGCGGCCAGGGUUGUGGCGCCGGUCGUGAAGAGGCUGCCGUGGGGCCAGUUCGUGACCAUCGCCGGUGAGGAUGGGGCAGACUCGGAUGAGAAUGAUAGCAUCAUCUACAUCAAUACCUCCAACGUGCUAGGAGACGAAACACAAUCACCAGAGGAUGAUUAUGCGGUCGGCCAGUGGAUGCAGCCUGGCGCGGACGAUGGGGAGGAUGGAGAAGACAUUCCGCGAGGUGCAAAGAAGUGGCAGAAAUGCUAG